AUGAAGUUGUACCUCGAGUCCGUCAGCGAAGGGAACCGAUCACUUGCCAUCCUUGGCCAAGUGGACAGUGAGGUCUACGCCGUUGCCAGAGCGGCCAACAUCACUCCUUCGCUGACUACCGCGACAAUUUUCGAGCGUCUUCGGCGAGAUUUCGGUCGCUCUUCCAUGUCAUGGGUUGCUCGCGAAACACUGAGGGACCGUCGCCAGCAUUCUGCAGAGUCUGUGGUCGACUUCCAGCGACACUUGCGUGUCCUGGCCAAGCACGCAUAUCCAGACGACUCUUGCGCUGCCCUGGAAGACAGGAUUCGCGAUAACUUCGUCGAUGGUGUUGCCAACCCCGACAUUCGUCGCAAGUUCAUGCUGGACCCAUCCAAAACUCUCAAAGCGGCACUCGACAUCGCCCGCGAUGAAGAAGUGGUCUCCACCGCGCUAUCCUCAUCCCCCGGACCUUCUUUCUCAGUGGCCGCGGCUCCCCGCUUCCAAACUGCCUCUGCGCAAGGCCAGAUGGUCAAUGUCUUCGCCAUGGGACAGUGA